AUGCCUUCCAAGAACGCACUGGAAGCGGCUCUCCGAGAUAUGAUGAUGGAGGGAUUUGGACAGUUUAAGCAGAUGGCCAUCAAUAUUGGCAAGAUGACCGAUGUUGGCGAAGACGACGCCUCUUGGAUUGCCGAAGUAUUUAAAGCCGACAUGGUUAGGACAUUCGGUGAACUCGCUAAUGCUAACAUGGAGGUCAUCAAAGCCGCCAUCAAGAAGCAGCUUGCCACUAAUGGAAGCAAAGAUGAGACUAAGAAGCAGUUGGAUGUUGCGACACCCCAGGUUCGCAAGCGACCUGCCAACACCCUAGAAACUCAGGAGCACACCGAGAAGGCCCCCCGCCGCGCCCUCCUUCAAGAGUCCUAUCUCCAACCGGCUCGUCCGGCUCGUCCGGCGCCCGCACGCGGUUAUACCGCACAACUUCGGCCUGCACGCUCCAAGAAUGUCAUAGUCAUUCCAGAUGACGAUGACGAUGACGAGGACGAUGAAGGGGAUGGGGUUCCCGCUAAAGUCUCCGGCAACACCCCCGCCAAAGCACUAGCGCCUAAGAAGUCUCGUUCCCAACGUACAUCGUCGCAGACUAUCAAUUACAACAUGGUCGAUUACUAUGAGGAGCGUGGUGUUCCCGAUAUUUAAAAGGAAAUACCUACGGCUGACUAUCAAGUGUGCGAAUGAAUG